AUGAUCGCCGGCGUGAUCGCCGAGAUGAGGGGCGUGAUGAUCGCCGGCCUGAGCGACGAGAUGAAGGGCGUGAUGAUCGCCGUCGGCGCCGGUAUGGCGAGGAUGACAGUGAGGAUGAUUCCCGCUAUAGUGGCCACGGGCGCUCUGGAGCAGCGAGCAGCAGCCAAGCAGCGAGCAGCAGCCACCGUGGCGGGAAGGGCGCCGGUGCUGGCGGGAAAGGAGGGGCGCGCGAGGCGCGAUACGAGAACGUGCAGGAGGAGGCUGAGCAUGGGACUCCUUUGGAUCGCCGACGAGGGGGCGCUGUCACAAAGGUCGCCGUGUUGUUGUGCGCGUUUGAACGCGAGGGGAUGA